ACCGACAAUGACAAAAGACUGGAAAGAAGUCGCUGCGGCGAAAAAGCAGCGUAUCAACGACUCUAUACCCAAAGAAUGGCUUAUCGAUACUUCUUCCCUUGGUGCGAACGUCAUGGAUGUCCCCGCGACUUGCGGUCUCCUUAGCAAGUCUGAACUCGACAUCACGAAUUCUUCAGCUACGGAUCUGGUGNAAAAGCUGGCUGAUGGCAGUCUCAAAGCCGUCGACGUUACCACAGCAUUCUGCAAAAGAGCAGCUAUCUCGCAUCAAGUCACUAAUUGCGCAUUGGAGUUCUUCCCAGAAAUGGCGUUGCAGCAGGCUAAGGAACUGGACGAAUUCUACGAGAAGAAUGGACGUACAGUCGGACCUCUGCAUGGAUUGCCUGUUUCGCUCAAGGAUCAAUUGCGCGUCAAAGGCUUGGAGACAACUAUGGGCUAUGUAUCCUGGAUUGACAAGUACGAUACUGAAGAUUCAGUACUCACUGCCCUGCUGAGGAAAGCCGGUGCUGUUUUUUACAUCAAGACUUCCGUGCCUCAAAGUUUGAUGGUUUGCGAGACUGUCAACAAUAUCACUGGUCGCAGUGUCAAUCCUCGCAACAAGAACUGGUCUCCCGGCGGUUCUUCUGGAGGUGAAGGAGCAAACGUCGGUAUUCGAGGUGGUAUCAUCGGUGUUGGUACAGACAUCGGUGGUUCCAUCCGUGUACCUUCUGCCUUCAAUUUCUUGUAUGGACUUCGACCUAGUCACGGCAGAAUGCCUUAUGGCAAGAUGGCGAACAGUAUGGAGGGACAGGAGACUGUUCACAGUGUUGUUGGACCAAUCGCUCAUUCCGUCCCUGACCUGCGCUUGUUCGUAAUGUCAGUGCUUGAGCAACAACCAUGGAAGCACGACUCGAAAGUUAUUCCUAUGCCUUGGAGACAGUCCGAGCAUGACGCUACAAUGCAGAAGAUCAACACUGAAAAACUGACCCUUGGCUUCUUCAACAACGAUGGGGUGGUGAUGCCCCAUCCUCCUAUCCUUCGUGGUGUCGACAAGGUGGUUUCCACUCUGCGGGAGAACGGUCACACACUUAUUGACUGGAAACCCUACAAGCACGAUUAUGCCGUAGAUCUCAUCCAAGGGAUCUAUGCUUCAGACGCAGGAAAGGAUAUUCACACAGUGCUCUCAGUUUCAGGCGAGCCUGCAAUUCCCAACAUCAAUGACUUGGUGGACCCCACCAGAUCUGGUGCGGAUAUCACUACACUAUGGAAUGUUCAACUUCAAAAGUGGAAGUUCCAGAUGGAGUACAUCGAGAAGUGGAACGAGAUGGAGGAGAAGUUGGGCAAGGAGAUGGAUGCGUUCAUCAUGCCCAUCACGCCCACUGCCGCCAUCAGACAUAAUCAGUUCAAGUAUUAUGGCUAUGCAAGUGCAAUUAACUUGCUUGACUUCACAAGCGUAGUUGUUCCUAUCACUUUUGCGGACAAAGCUCUGGACAAGAAGAACGAGGACUUCAAACCCAUAAAUGACAUGGACAAGCAGCUGUUUUGUGAUGAUCGUACUGACGAAAACACAGAUGACGCAGAGGCAUACCAUGGUGCACCAGUCGCAGUACAAAUUGUUGGUCGCAGACUUACUGAGGAGAAGACCAUGGCCAUCGCCGAAGAGAUUGGAAGACUGUUAGGUAAUGCCAUCACGCCU